UUUUAAUUUUUAAUUAGAAUAUUUUUCCGUGGUUCCAUGAUUCAUGAUCCCCCCCUUUCUCCUCCCACCUCCCAAAGCCAACAAGCAGUUCCACUAGGUUAUAUAUAUAUAUAUAAUUGUUCAAAACCUAUUUCCAUGUUUCUUAUUUGCAGUAGAGUGAUUCUUUACCAUCAAAACCCUAUGCAUAUUCUAUCUCACUAAGUGGUUGAUCAUAUAUUUUCCUAAUGCAUUUCUGUCCACAGUUCUUUCUCUGGAUGUGAUUAGCGUGCUUUCUCCUAAAUUCCUCUGGAUUGUCCUGGAUGAUUGCAUUGUUACUGGUAGAGAAGUUCAUUACUUUCGAUUGUGCCACAGUGUAUCAGUCUCUGUGUAGAAUGUUCUGGUUUUGCUCCUUUUGCUCUGAAUCAAUUCCUGGAGGUCGCUCCAGUUCACAUGGAAUUCCUCCAUUUCUUUAUUCCUUUCAGCACAAUAAUAUCCAUCACCAACAGAUACCACAAUUUGUUUAGCUGUCCCCCAAUCGGAGGGCAUCCCCUCAUUUUCCAGUUUUUUGCCACCACAAAGAGCGUGACUAUAAAUAUUUUCAUGCAAGACUUUUUCCUUAUGAUCUCUUUGGGGUAUAAACCCAGCAGUUGUAUGGCUGGAUCAAAGGGCAGGCAGUCUUUUAAAGCCCUUUGCAUAUAGUUCCAAAUUGCCCUCCAGAAUGGUUGGAUCAAUUCACAACUCCACCAGCAGUGAAGUGUCCCAAUUUUGUCACAACCCUUUCAACAUUUAUCACUUUCCUUUGCUGCCCUCUUGGCCAGUCUGCUAGGUAUAAGGUGGUACCUUCAGAGUUGUUUUAAUUUGCAUUUCUCUAAUCAGGAGGAAUUUAAAACACUUUUUCAUGCGCCUAUUGAUAGUUUUCACAGGAUGAAAUUAAAACUGCCCAUGCAUAUGCAUGUCGCUUGACCAUUUGUCCUUUCGGGAAUGGCUUGAUUUUUUGUAGAUUUGACUUAGUUUCUUAUACAUUUGGGAAAGUAAACCUUUGUCAGAGAGUUUGGUUAUAAAAAUGUUCUCCCAGUUUUACACAUGUCAUUCUUCAAACAACAUUUCUGUUAUUGAUAUGUUCUCUUGGUUUGUCAAUUUUCCCUAAUUAUGAACAAAAACUUUAAAGAUCCCACUUGAAGGGACUCAGCUCUCGACUUGAGCCAUUUCCCCUCUCUAUUCUGUUCUCUUUCCUUCUUGCAAUCUACAAUCUAGCCCAAAGCUAGGAGACAAUUCCCACCCUCCCAGUCAGACAAAGCCUUGAUUCAAGGUCCAACACAUAGGCUAUCCUGGAAGCCUUCCCUGCUCUCCAUCUGCUACAAGGGAUCCCUCCCUCCUCACAUUUCUCUAAAGCCCAGAGUCCGAGUCUAGGCUUUGCUCCACACCCUCCCUCCGGUCAAGCUUUUCUCUGUACUCAACCAAUCUCUCAGUAUAAUCUUUGUUUGUUCUGGUAGCUUUGUAAACUUUAAGUGAAAGUUAGACGUUCCAGUGAAAACAAUGCUGGAUUUCGCGUCAAAGACCUUCUCUCCCAGUUUGCUUCCUAGUCUGCAAAAGGAAGGAUUGGGAUUAGUGGACGCCUAAGGGCUUUCCCCAGGUUUCCAUGUUCUGUCCUAUAAUUAGGAUUGAAUAGUUGGGAAGGACAGUUUGGAGUGGGGAGACCGAGACUGCAAGUACCUGUUCAACCAUUUACUACUACUACUUAGGUGACCUUGAAAGGCUUCUCGGAACUUCAGUUUUUCUAUCUGUAAAAUGAGUCUGGUGCCCAUGGCUUCUACCAUCCCGGACAGCUCGGAAAUCGAGGAUUCCGCCCCCAGGUCAUCGGACUCUCACCCCUUCCCCAGGCCGGGCUACGGGGAGCUCCUUCCUGGUAGACAGAGUUCAGGAACACCUCCGCCCCGCCCCCAAUCCGACUCCAGGCUGCCCGGAAGAGUUGGAUCAGGAAGCAGCUGCUACACAUGCAGGAAACCACUAGGGAGGCUCCGUUCUCCCGGGGGUGUUAGUGAGAUCGGGACUGGGUUCUCUCGAGCCCCGGUCCGCCUCUCCACUCCCACCUCCUCCCCCGGGCAGAGAGGAGGCAAGCAGUGAUUCCGGGGUUGCGCGCGCUCUCACUCUUACAGCGAAAAGGCCUGAGUGGAGUGGGGCGGCGAGGAGCCGGAAGCCGUUUGUCAGCUGCUGGGGCUAGCUACAUUGUAGUGGAGCCUGGCGACAUUGUGGCCACUCCGAGCCGACGGCCGAAUGGGGGCUCGGAGCGCGCGGGCCGCGGCGCUGUUGGCGCUGCUGGCCUUGCUGCCGCGAACCUUCGCCUCCUGCCUGCUCUCGGUGGACGCCUCCACGGUUACCGGGCGGCUGAAGCCUUUCUGGAAGAGCACCGGCUUCUGUCCUCCUCUGCCCCAUGAAAACUCAGACCUAUAUGAUCUCAGCAAAGACCAGCAGCUCAAUCUUGCCUACAUAGCAUCCAUCCCUCACAGGGGAAUUGAACAGGUCAGGACUCACUGGCUACUGGACCUCAUCACGGCCAGUGUCACUGAUGGGGGCCUUCGCUACAACUUUACCAAUCUGGAUAGAUUUUUGGAUCUUCUCUGGGAGAACCAACUCAUUCCAGGGUUCGAGUUGAUGGGGAGUCCAUCUGGAUACUUCACCGAUUUUGAGGACAAGAAGCAGGUGUAUGAAUGGAGAAACCUGAUCACUCUAUUGGCUAAGAGAUACAUCAAGAAAUAUGGAUUAAGCCAUGUGGCCAGAUGGAACUUUGAGACUUGGAAUGAACCUGAUCAUCACGACUUUGACAACGUGUCCAUGACGAUUCAAGGCUUCCUGAACUAUUAUGAUGCCUGCUCAGAAGGCCUGAGGAGAGCCAACUUGGGGCUGAAGUUUGGAGGUCCAGGUGACUCCUUCCAUCCAUUCCCUAAUUCCCCCAUUUGCUGGAACCUACUCAGUCACUGCUACAAUGGGACAAACUUCUUCACUGGUGAGAAAGGUGUGCGUCUGGAUUAUAUCUCCUUACACAAGAAGGGUAAGGGCAGCUCUAUGUACAUCCUAGAGCAGGAAAAGGAAGCUGUCCAGCAGAUCCAGAGCCUGUUCCCCAAUUUUACCCAUGUCCCCAUUUAUAAUGAUGAGGCCGACCCGCUGGUAGGCUGGUCUAAGCCCCAGAUCUGGAGAGCAGAUGUGACGUAUGCAUCAAUGGUCGUGAAGGUCAUAGCCCAGCAUCAGACCCUGCUGCUGUCAGAACCCAACAACACCUUGAACUAUAGCCUGCUGAGCAAUGAUAAUGCCUUCCUGAGCUACUACCCACACCACUUUACCCAGAGGACACUGACUGCUCGCUUCCAGAUGAACAAUACCAAGCCACCCCAUGUGCACCUAAUCCGAAAACCAGUGCUCACUGCCAUGGGGCUGCUGGCCCUGCUGGUCUGUUCUUCUGUACCUACAGGUGAAAAUCAGCUGUGGGCAGAGGCUCACUGUGAUGGGCUCCUGGUGGACAGCCAUCACACAGUGGGAGUACUAGCCAGUUCCCACUGGCCUGAGGAGCCAUCUUCCCCAGACAGCUGGCAGGCCACAGUGCUAGUGUAUGCCAGUGAUGACAACCGGACAUCUGCCAACCUCAGCAUGGUCACCAUCCGGCUCAGCAAUGUUCCACCAGCUUCAGACCUUGUCUACAUGACCUACUACAUGGACAAUAAUCUCACCAGCCCCUACCUGGAGUGGAACAAACUUGGCUCACCUGUCUUCCCCACCAUAAAGCAAUUUCAGCAGAUGAGAGAGACUGAGGAUGCGGUAGCCACAGGCCCAUUUCCAUUCCCUGACAAUGGCCAGCUGACCCUAAAGCGGGAGCUUCCGAUACCCUCAGUCCUUCUCCUUCACGUGUGUUCAAGGCCACGCCUGCCCCCGAACCAGGUGAACCGCGUCCGAAUCUUGCCUCUCACCAGAGGACAAAUCACUCUGCUCUGGGAUGACAGCUGCGUGAAGUCCAAGUGUCUGAAGACAUAUGAGGUUGAAUUCUCCCAACAUGGACAUAUUUACCGAGGAAUUAACAGGAAAGAGUCAACUUUCAAUCUUUUUGUCUUUGCUCCAGAUGACGCCAAUGUCACCGGCUUCUACCGACUCCGUGCUGUGGAUUACUGGGGCCGCCCAGGCCCCUUCUCCAUUCCUUUGUACUAUAAAGAGGCAGCUUCAUGAGGUGGGCAAUAAUCCUGGAGACAAGCCUCCGGUGGAGACCUGCACAGCCUGGGGAUCCUGGGACUGAUGUUCAUCAAGCUGAGACCCACCUGUGAUGCCAAGGACUUGAAGGAGACUUAAAGGAGACUCAUGGGCUAGAGUUGUAGCUCUAAUACUCAAUAGCUGUGGGAGCUUGGUCAAGUCUCCCUGGGCCUCAGUUUUCUCAUGUGUGAAGUUAGGGAUAAUAAUAUUUGUUCUACUGACUUUUGGAAAUAAUUUUAAGGAAAGGUCUUUGACCGUCUUACAAUUAAUAUUCUAACAACUAUCAAGAGGGGAUGCUCUUGGGGCCAGCUUGGAGAUCGAGGUCCCUCCACCCUGUCAGGGCAACACAGCAGCACCAGACCUGACCUCCCUGCUCUUUUCUUCCUUGAGGGUCCACUGAGAUGGUAAAGGCCCCCCAGAUUUGCUUUCAACAAUCAUCAUCAUGUCAUCCAAACUCCUAUUGCUGAGGCCCUGUAAAGUUGGUCAGAAUACAUUCCCCCUGACAGUCAUAAGAGGUGGUGCCGGUGGGUGCUGGUACAAAGAUUUUUAUAUUCCUUUACAGAUGGAGAAACUGAAGUUAAGUGAGCUAAAGGGGUUUGUCUAAGAUGAAGGCCAUCAGGGAGAGUCAGAGCAGGGAUCUGAACCCUCUCGGCUCCCAAGUAAAGUUCAGAUUCUUUUCA